CUGUGAUGGUGACUGUGAUGGUGACUGUGAUGGUGGUGGUGGUGUCGGUGAUGGUGACUGUGAUGGUGGUGAUGGUGGUGAUGGUGGUGAUGGUGGUGAUGGUGAUGGUGGUGAUGGUGGUGAUGGUGACUGUGAUGGUGGUGAUGGUGGUGAUGGUGGUGGUGAUGGUGAUCAGAACGGCGAAAGAGAAGCGGGAAACAUAUGAAACCGAUGACCUCAUGUUGUAUGGUGGCGAUGGUGGUGAUGGUAUUGAUGAAGAUGGUGAUGGUGCUCAUGAUAGUGAUGAUGAUGAUGGUGAUCAUAAUGGUGAUGGUGAUGACGGUGUUGAUGGUGAUCAUGAUGAUAGUGAUCGUAAUGCUGAUGGUGCUGAUGGUGCUGAUGGUGCUGAUGGUGCUGAUGAUGCUGAUGGUGAUGGUGCUGGUGAUGGUGAUAAGAACGACGAAAAAGAAGCGGAAAAAAAAACAGGAAACCGACGACUCCACGUUGUUGACCGUUUUCUGUCAAUGAACUCAUCAUCGUAAUUCCGACGCAGAGCUCAUGAGCAUUUGAUGUUGAUCUCAACAAACCCCCGUGCGCGCGCAUUACGAAAGAGGAAAGAGAUGCGACCGGACUUGCAACAUCCCCACCACUAGAAUGGAGAGUAAAAAAAAACAAAAACAAAAAAAACAAAAAAACAAUAAAAAACAAUUACAGAUAUGAUAGCAAUAGAGUGGCGGUCGGGAGGACCGAUCACACUCCAAAAGUGAAGAGAGACGACAGCAAAGCAGCCCAUUAAAAAAAAGAAAAGAAAAAGAAAGGUAGAUGAAAGAGUAAAAGCGCGCCAAUAAU